AUGGGGGUCCCGGGGGGCGGCGGCUGCUCAGCCCCGGCCCGGGGGGAAAGUGCCGCCCGGGGGAACGGCACCGACUCGGCGAGAUCGAGAAGGGGCGAAGCGACACGGGGAAAACAAAGGCGACCUCCGGGAGGGGAGAGCCAGCCCCGCUGCCGCCCUCAGAUGUGCAACGAGGAGGAGGAGGAAGAGGAGGAGGAAAAGAAGAAAGGGGGGGACCCAGCUGGGGUGGGUGGCUCUGCCUCAGCCCCAUCGCUGUAUGGUGCCCCUGGGGGUGGGGGACACAAAUCCAGCGCCCCACCAUGCCUCCCUGCUCGGGAGAUGGGGCCCUUCUCCAGACAGGCAAGAUCCCUUGCAGUUGGCAGUAAAUCAGGCUACAAAUUCUUCUCUCUCUCUUCUGUGGACAAAUUAGAGCAGAUCUAUGAAUGCACUGACACAGAAGAUGUGUGCAUUGUGGAGAGGCUCUUCUCCAGUAGUCUGGUGGCCAUAGUUAGCCUUAAAGCUCCACGCAAGUUGAAAGUUUGUCACUUCAAGAAGGGGACAGAGAUUUGCAACUACAGUUACUCCAACACCAUCUUGGCUGUCAAACUCAACAGACAGAGGCUGAUAGUAUGUCUGGAAGAGUCUCUUUAUAUACACAACAUACGAGACAUGAAGGUAUUACAUACAAUCAGGGAGACACCUCCCAAUCCUGCAGGGUUGUGUGCUUUGUCAAUAAACAAUGAUAAUUGCUACUUGGCCUAUCCAGGAAGUGCAACUAUUGGAGAAGUACAAGUCUUUGACACCAUCAAUCUGAGAGCUGCCAAUAUGAUCCCAGCUCAUGAUAGUCCCUUGGCUGCUUUGGCAUUUGAUGCAAGUGGUACUAAACUUGCUACAGCCUCAGAAAAGGGGACAGUAAUAAGAGUGUUUUCCAUUCCAGAGGGACAGAAACUCUUUGAAUUCCGAAGGGGAGUGAAGAGGUGUGUAAGCAUCUGUUCAUUGGCUUUCAGCAUGGAUGGCAUGUUUCUGUCUGCAUCCAGUAACACGGAGACGGUGCAUAUCUUCAAACUUGAGACUGUGAAAGAAAAACCUCAGGAAGAGCCUACAACCUGGACAGGUUACUUUGGAAAAGUGCUGAUGGCCUCAACGAGCUAUCUGCCCUCUCAAGUAACAGAGAUGUUCAACCAGGGCAGAGCCUUUGCUACAGUCCGUCUGCCCUUCUGUGGGCACAAAAACAUCUGUGCACUUGCCAUAAUCCAGAAGAUCCCCCGUUUGCUGGUGGGAGCUGCUGAUGGGUAUCUCUACAUGUACAACUUAGACCCCCAGGAAGGAGGCGAGUGCACACUAAUGAAGCAGCACAAGCUCGAUGGCAGCAUGGAGCCCGCCAACGAAAUCCUGGAGUCUGCGUCCCACGACCGGCCGUUGGUAGCGCAGACGUACAGUGCUGCUGUGACUAAAGGUACAUAUGUGCCUUCCUCACCCACCAGGCAUGCCUAUACAGAUGACCUGGGUGCUGUGGGUGGAGCUUGCCUGGAAGAUGAAACCAACUCACUUAGAUUGGACGAAGACAGUGAGCAUCCCCCCAUGAUCCUUCGGACAGACUAAACUUGGACCUGUGAACUCACUCCUGAAGCAGAGAACACUGGCUUGAUGUUUCUUGAGGAAUCUCGUGUUAUGCUGCUAUGAACUUUGACAUGAGUUGGGAGAGAGGAUGACAGACCCUUACAGUUUUAAGUCAUAGCUGUAGUUCUAAUUCUAUACAAUUGGAAAAAUAUAUGGUUUUCAAUUCAGUGGCUUUUAAUCUUGCUUAUCUAUUUUAGCUGUGUUUAUUUUUUUUUGUUGCCAAAACCUGCUGUUUGUGCAGCCCUCAGAACCUACUUAGCUUUGCAUGCAUUCAUGUGCCAAGCAAGCAUAGGAGGGGGAGAGAGAGAGAAGCCACUUUAUAACAAACUCAAGUUUGUAUUUUUUUUAUAUAUGUAUAUAAUAUUUAGCCUAUAUAAGGAAGGAGUAGAGAAGUGGUUCUGGAAGCUGAGACUAGUUCUGCACUGACAAAGGUCCAAAUGGUUUCCUGUGCAUGGGCUUGCAGGCAUACCUAGUGACUGACAUGCAACCUUUCAAAUGCGAUGGCCUGUUUUUUUGGGUUCUCCCUUCCCUUUCCUGGACCAUUUUGUUAAUUAAAAUUCCUUCUGAAUGUAUUGUGUAUUUGUGGGACUGUUCUGUUUGUUGGGAUGGAAAACUGGAAGUGUUUCCCUGCGUAAGGAUAUAGAAUAUAGAAAGUGCCUUUACAGGGAAGGAAAAGAAUUGCUGCAGGAAGAAGAGGUAGAAUGAGGGAAGGAUUGUUGGAGAGUCUUGUCUGUACACCUUUGGUACUUGGGUGUCUGUAGCCUGUGGUGGCUGAUAAGCUUGUGGGUUUUUGAGAAAAGACUUGGAAUGCACUUUCUUUCUUUCCUGUAGUUUGUCCUAUUUUCUUGGCAGAGUAGCAAUAAUCUUUUUUUAUACCUUUUUUAAAUUAUCCAAAGCAAGGAUUCUGUCAGGCUGGAGGGAAGUCCCUGUAGAGUUUGGCAGCCCUACUCUAUAAACAGCCUUAAGGUUUCCUGCUAGAAGGCUCUCAAUUCCUGCUUCUUCUCAGUCUGGGGCUGAGUGUACUUCUCCAAUAGUGAAACUUCUUGGUUUUGUUUUUUUUUUUUUCUCACUUACUGAUG